GUUUGCUAGAAGUUGGUCUUCGGCAGGGGCUAGAGUUCCCCCGCGGUGACAGCGUCUGUGGCCUCCGGUGAAUUUUGCUUCGCAACCGAGCUUGGGGUUUGGUUUGGAGGGGUUGCGGGGUUCUUGGGAUUUGGUUAAAGCUUCCCGCCGGGCUGACCUGCCCCCUCCCCAAAUCGUGCAGUGGUGGCCUGCCCUCGGGUUACGGGGGUUCAGCUUUUGACUUUUAAGUGUCACUGAGACCUCUUCAGUCUCCCAAGAUCCUACUUAGAAGUGACAUCUGGGAAGCUCUCCUCGUCUCCUUUCCAGGCUGCUGGAGUCACCUGGAGACUCUUCCCUGAGGACCCCCACCGGUGGUCACCUUGGUGCCCCGCCUGGCUCACAGUGGGUGCUCUGUGCACGUGUGUUGACCGAGUACAAGUGACGCUGGCACCCAAAGCUAGCAACCUAGGCUUCCUGGGAUCCGUCCGUGCAGCUUUUGAUCUCGUGGUACCUACCUGUUUGAUGUCCCGUGGCUGACGCCCAACCGAGUUCUUUGGAGGACCAUGUCAUUAGACUUUGGCAGUGUGGCACUACCGCCACAAAAUGAAGAGGAAGAAUAUGACAAAGAAGAUUAUGAAAGGGAAAAAGAGUUGCAGCAAUUACUCACCGACCUUCCUCAUGAUAUGCUGGAUGAUGAGCUCUCCUCCUCUGAACUUCACUUCUCAGACUGUAGUAUGGACGGCACAGAGGAAGAACUGCAUCCUUCUGAGCAAUUGGAGAUGAACUGGAACAAGCAUCAAAUUCUGCCCAAAUCUCAAAGUAUAAAUGGCUUAUAUAUUGGAGAAAAAAGUGGCAAUGGCUGGGAAGAGAAUCAAAAUAAAACUGAAGACCGACAUCCUGAGUACCAUCCCAAAGAAGAUGGAGAUGAAGGUGGGAGUGGCUAUAGUCCUCCAAGCAAAAAUGAACAGACUGAUUUGUAUUGCCUUCCUGAAAACUUCAGGCCUUAUACCAGUGGUCAGAAGCAGGAAUUUAAUAACCAACCAACCAGUGUAGUUAAAUUUUCUGAUCCUCAGAGGAACCAUUUUCAGCAAUUUGGUUCAUCACAAGGUCCCAGUUGUCAAGCUUUGGCGCCAUAUAAAGUGAAAUAUAAACCUUAUCAAUCUUCUGUCCAAGAUAACUUACCAGUCCAGGAAAUAGCAGGAAGUGACACACUUGAAGGCCUGCAACAACAAUUCCUAGGAGCUAGUGAAAAUUCUGCAGAAAACAUACAGAUUAUUCAGCUUCAGGUUCUUAAUAAAGCAAAAGGGAGACAACUGGACAACUUAGCUGAAAAAUUAAAUGAAAGUGAACGUCAAAUUCGUUAUCUGAAUCACCAGCUUAUGAUAAUUAAAGAUGAAAAGGAUGGCUUGACUCUCAGUCUUCGAGAAUCACAGAAACUCUUUCAGAAUGGAAAAGAAAGGGAGAUACAGCUUGAAGCACAAAUAAAAGCUCAAGAGGCUCAAAUACAAGCAUUAAAAGUCAAUGAAGAAAAGAUGAUCAAGAAGUCCAGAACAACUGAAAUGGCUCUGGAAAGCUUGCAGGAGCAACUGGCAGAGCUUCAUCAUUCUGAGUCGCUUCAACGAGCUAGAGAGCAGCAUGAGAGCAUUGUUAUGGGCCUUACAAAGAAGUAUGAAGAGCAAGUGUCAUCCUUACAAAAGAAGUUGGAUUCUACAGUUGCUGCACUUAAAGAACAGGAAGAUAUUUGUUCUCAUUUGAAAGAUCACGUGAAACAACUGGAAAGGAGUCAAGAAGCUGCCAAAUUAGAAAAAACUGAGAUCAUUAAUAGGUUGACGAAGAGUCUGGAAGAGAGUCAGGGGCAGUGUGCCCAGUUGUUGCAGUCAGGCUCAAUACAGGAAGUGGCUCAGCUACGGCUCCAGCUGCAGCAAGCACAAAAGGCACACACUAUAAGCGAGAACAUGAACAAGGCUUUGCAAGAGGAAUUAACAGAACUAAAAGAUGAAAUUUCUCUCUAUGAAUCUGCUGCAAAACUAGGAAUACCUCCAAAUGACUCAGAAGGAGAAUUAAAUAUAGAACUCACUGAAUCAUAUGUGGAUUUGGGUAUUAAAAAAGUCAACUGGAAAAAAUCCAAAGUUAACAGCUUAGUGCCACAGGAAGACCUGAGUGAAGAGCUUUCUAAAGAUGAGGUCAUCCUGAAGUUGAAAGCAGAAGUGCAGCGCCUGCUGGGGAGCAACUCAUUGAAGCGUCAUCUGGUGGCUCAGUUACAAAAGGACCUCAAGGACUGUCACCAGAAAAUUGAAGAUCUCCAAGAAGUGAAGAAAGAUGACAGGAGCAUCGAGAUUGAGACCAAAACAGAUACUUCAGAAAAGCCAACUAAUCAAUUAUGGCCUGACUCUUCUACUUCUGAUAUGACUAUUAGAGAUGAUGUACUGCAACUUAAAAAUGAAAUUCAAGUUUUGCAACAACAAAAUCAGGAACUUAAAGAAGCUGAAGAAAUACUGAAAAAUACAAAUCAAGACUUAUGUAAUCAAAUGAGACAAAUGGUACAGGAUUUUGACCGUGAUAAACAGGAAACUGUGGAGCGGUGUGAAAGGACCUACCACCAGCACCAUGAGGCCAUGAAAGCCCAAAUACGGGAGAGCCUAUUAGCAAAGCAUGCUUUGGAGAAGCAGCAGCUCUUUGAGAUUUAUGAAGCGACUCAAUCUCAGCUCAGGUCUGACAUCGAUAAGUUGAGUAAGGAGAUAACUGCUGUGCAGGAAUGUUACCUAGAAGUGUGCAGAGAGAAGGAUACUCUAGAGUCGACUCUCAAGAAGACCACUGAAAAGGAGCAGCAAGCUCAGGAACAGAAGAGACAGCUGUUGGAGGAAAGAGAAGAACUUGUAAGCAAACUGCAGUUGGAACUUGAAGAAAAGUACCAGGAAACUCUUAUCAUGGAAAAAAACAAGUGGCUGAAAGAGCAAGAAACUGGUAGUAAACAGCAGGUUGAAAGCGAAAUGAUGUUAGCCAAAGCACAUUGGGAUAAGGAACAGAAAGAGAUGAAACAAAAACUCAUACAACAGCUGGAAAAGGAGUGGCAGUCUAAGCUGGAUCAAACUGUAAAAGCUCUGAAAAAGAAAACCACAGAUUGUGGAAGCCAAACUGACCAAGCAGCCACCCUGGAUGUCAUUUCCAAGGCAGACAUGGAGGUCAUGGUAGAAAAGCAGAAGCAAAAGCUCCAGCGAGAUUUAGAACAGGAGAAGGAAACAGCUAUCAAGGGGGCUUUGAAGAAACUCCAAAUUGAAUUGGAGGUCAAAUACUGUGAAAAUAUUGCCCAACAGGUAGAAACAGCUGUGCAAAAUGCUCGCCUUCGAUGGCUAGAAGAACUGCCUGAGCUUGCAGAGUACAAAGCACGAAUGAGAGUAGAACAGAAGAAGUGGGAGGAACAACAAGAGAUCUCUGUGGCCAGAAGGCUGGCAUUGGCUGUGUCUGAAGCUAAAGAGAAGUGGAAAAGUGAGAUUGAAAAUAUGAAGAAAAAUAUAACGCUGGGCAAGAACUUGGAAGAGAAGAUUCAUUCUCUCCAGAAGGAGCUGGAGUUAAAGAACGAGGAAGUCCCUGUGGUUGUCAGGGCGGAAUUGGCUAAGGCCUGGAGCGAAUGGAACAGAGAAAAGCAAGAAGAAAUCCACAAAAUUCAAGAACAAAAUGAGCAAGAUUACCGUCAGUUUUUAGAUGAUCAUCGAAAUAAAAUUAAUGAAGUGCUUGCAACAGCUAAAGAAGACUUUAUGAAACAAAAAACUGAACUGCUUCUCCAAAAGGAGACAGAAUUACAAGCUUGCCUGGAACAGAGCCGUAGAGAGUGGACAGUGCAGGAAGCCAGGCGGAUUCAACUAGAAAUCCAUCAGUAUGAGGAAGACGUCCUAACUGUGGUUGAACUUCUCUUAAUGGAAACCCAAAAGGAGUAUGUCAGUGGUUCAGAGAACAAGCAGCUUUUGGAAAUCUUGUCAACUUGUUCUUCAAAGUGGGUGUCUGUGCAAUAUUUUGAGAAACUAAAAGCCUGCAUACAGAAAGUACUUCAAGAUACAGUCUCCAUGCUUAAAGAAAAUACCAGCCCAGAAGGGGAAAAGAGAAAUAUGGUCAAGAUCUCUAUGAAUCCUGCCAGCGAGGGUAGUAGGAGAGGAGAUCCUGGAGUCCCAGCAGCCCUUCCUGCACCCACUUCCAGAUACCAAGCACAGCCUUUGCCCUUGCAAGAAGCAGAAGCUGAUAAGAAAAAGACACUUGAAAUUAAAGAUUUAUGCUGUGGACACUGCUUCCAAGAACUUGAAAAGGCAAAGCAGGAAGGUCAAGAUCUGAAAAGAAAACUGGAGAAAUGCUGUAGGCAUCUUCAGCAUUUAGAAAGAAAGCACAAAGCUGUAGUGGAAAAAAUUGGAGAAGAGAAUAAUAAAGUUGUUGAAGAAUUGAUAGAAGAAAACAAUGACAUGAAGAAUAAAUUGGAAGAACUGCAAACACUUUGUAGAACACCACCAAGGUCACUGUCAGAAGGGGCCAUUGAAAAUGCAUGCCUGCCAAGCAAUAGGCAGGCCUUGGAAGAACUUCGGGGGCAGUAUAUUAAAGCUGUAAAAAAGAUUAAGCGUGACAUGCUUCGUUACAUUCAGGAAAGUAAGGAAAGAGCAGCAGAAAUGGUAAAGGCAGAGGUGUUGCGAGAACGUCAGGAAACUGCCCGGAAGAUGCGCAAAUAUUACUUAAUUUGCCUCCAACAAAUUUUGCAGGAUAAUGGUAAAGAAGAAGGGGCUGAGAAAAAGAUUAUGAAUGCUGCUAGCAAACUUGCUACAAUGGCAAAAUUGCUAGAAACUCCUACUUCUAAUAGAUCCCAGUGCAAAAGUGCACAGGCAGUAACACUACCCAUGACUUCAGAGAUGCUGAUUGGAGUUGAAAAAUCAAAAAGAAAUGAUAUGAAUCAGAAUACACAACAUUUUGAAACCAAAUCAAACUGUGUAAAAAGCAUCCCCAGAAGUAUGUGUGAACAAGUUCCUAAGAGGAGGGCUGCUUGUGAUUUACAGAGGCAGUUAGAGGAUUCAGAGCAUGGAGACAUACAGCAUAUGGGUUUCAAGGGGUCACAUUCAGACUUUCAGUUUGGGGAUAGAAGUUGCAGACACCUAGACAUUUUGCCAAAGAAUGUUUCUACUGAAUUUGUUCCAUAUGAAGUUGAAGAAGGCUUUGAUUUGCACAAGAAGAAAGACCUGCCCAGUGACACUGGCUCUCAGUCACUUCUGCAUUCAGGUGUAUACCCUUUUCUGGAAACCCUUGGAAAUAAACCCUCACCUAGUUGUUCCCCUGGGCUUUCUGAAUCAGGAUCCACACAUACAAUCUUUCGAGGUCCUAAGGAGAGGCCUGGUUUAAAAGCAUAUAUAUGCAAUUCAUUCACAGAAAGUGAAAAUGCUACAUCUGAGAGCAGUCACGGUUUGGGUGUUCAGGAAACUCCAGUAAAGGACGGAGGAGACCUCAGUGACUCAUUAGGCUGGCUUUCCAACAGUGCAACUUUACCCUGUAACAGUCGUGAAGUGUCAUUUUUACAUGAUAGGACACAAAGAACUGUGGAUAUGCUAGGUGACUCUGCUAAGUUCAGACAGUUUUCAGCAACCAAUUGUUUUUCAGAUACAGAGAAAGAUAAUAUGAUUUGCCAACCAAUGAAAUGUCAGAGUGAUCAUGUUCCAGGCCUGUCAAAAGAAACCCUGUAUCCCCAUCAGGGGAAGACCAGUGUGACUCCCGGACACCCAGUGCAUCAUAAGGCUGAUAUAUUCAAGUCAGAUUCCAAAAAGCUGAGCAGUACAGUUCCAUCUUCAGUAUGUCAGCAGCCUGCAAGAAAAUCAGUUAUUCCACUAUCAGGCCAACAAGAUAGUGGCUUUGAUAGUCCAUUUGUUAAUCUAGACUAAUUGUUGUGCUCUAUUUAAGAAGAAUCAUUAAUAUAUCAACAAGAGAAGACUUUGUACUGAAAAAAAAUUGUGGGCUCUAGCUAUAUUGAGAUGUUUUAAUAACAUCUAUUAUAUGAGUAAAGUAUUCUCAUAAAAUUACUUGAGAUAUUUAUUGCCUUAAUCUUCUAAAGGCCAAUGGUGUGUUUAUAAUCUGCUUCUGUGUGGUGCUUAUAUUUGGUUGCUAAACUAUCUAUUUUUAUACUUAUAAAUUGGCUCACUCUGCAAUGUUAAAUUAUUUAAAUAAAAUUGCAUAUAAUCUGUAGAAUUAUCAUGAAUUAUUUUGUAGUUAAUAUUAACAUUAACAUCAUGCUUCAGGUUCACUCAGGAAGAAAUAUAAACUUGGAUUAUUUGUAUAUAUGACCAGCCAAAUGUAAUUUUUGAAAUUGUCCAUGUUGUGAGGAUAUAGACUUAAUCUAGACGUACUUUUCCUGGAAAUGUCUACUCAAAAAUUUGAUUCUUGCUUUCAUUUAGAGAAAAGAGGUUUUGCUUUAAAAUACA